AUGUCACUGUUCAAUGCUUCGGUCAGUAUAGCAGUAUGUGAACAAACUGGCGAAACUAGUGCAAAUUUUGCUGAAGACGUCGUUUGGGAGUCGCUCUACAGCGGGAAUCCGUAUGCGUUAAAUUACUGGAUUCAGAAAUUACCGAAAGGAGGUUGUCGUGUAGAUAUUUUUCAUCUUUUAAGUCAAGUAAUUUCUGAGAAGCAUUAUCAUAUGAUUGAUACGAUUUGUGAUGGCUUUCUUAGCGGAAAAUUAUUGCCACCACAAAAUGACAAAGAUGUGUCAAGUGCAACAUAUUUGUUGGCAUUUUGUCCGUUUCAAUGGCAACCCAAAGCAGAAAGGUUGUCGUCAGUACUGUAUUCCUUAGCGGGUAAAUGA